CUCGCACAGCCACCCCACAAAUGUACGUCCUCAACAUUUUUAAGCAGGUGCUGCGGUUGUCUCCAAAUUCAAUCAUGUUCUUUCGGGAGUAUCAUGCAUGGGAGGUGAUGUGCUCAGAGUGUUUUUUCUACUUCGGCUGCCCUUUUGUGUGUCCCAGCAGCGGGAGGGAUUACAGUUCCAGUGGGGAUUUGAGAAUGAGGGAGGAUGAUUUGAGAGCUAGGUCCAGUAGCGGGGAGGUUAGGAGUGUGGAUUUCAGAAGUGGUGAGCUUAGGAGCGGAGAGUUGAGGAGUGGGGAGCUGAGGAUGGGUGGUGAUUUUAGGAGUGGGGAGCUACGUAGUGGGGAACUGAGGAGUGGGGAGGUUAGAGUCAGAGGAGAUAGUGGGUAUCCAGGUUUGUGGACUGAAAUCAUGCUUGGACAAUCGGAUGGGGACUGGGAGCGAGACUCUGGAGAGGUUCGAGAACUUCCAGAUUCACUUGAGGCAGAGUCGUUGCGAGUGGAGGUGAUCUCUUUGCUUGAAGCUGCAGCCACACUUGAGGGGAUCACUUUCAACCAGCGGGAAUGCCUAGCCUUAAUGAGCACUUUGUACAAAUGUGCCCUUGUGCCAUCCGUCGCGGCAGUGUUGGCACGUUGUCUUCAUCGUGUCUUGCAGCUGGCUGUCGAUGCAACUGUAGACGCUAUGUUGCAGUAUGAUAUGACGACUAUGCUGUCUAGGAUAAUGAUGAAACAGCAUGAAACCCACAGCUUGGUUAGAAAGUCAGAAGCGGACGAGGCUGAAGUGGAACCUCAACCAGCGGAAGCAAAGAGAACAUACAGGUCGAACUCCUUGGUAGCUGAUCAGUGGUGGCAGGCUCGCACAACUGUUUUUACUCUUUUUAAGGACUACAUUGCCCUGUCCGACGAGGCGCGUGUACGAGCCGGGCAAAAUGAGACGGCUAUCAAUGUUCUCUUUGAGCUGCUCUGGGAGCCCAAUGCACGGAAGUUCGCACUUCGGCACAUAUUAACCUUUAUGAAGAGGCUACCCCAGCUUGGCGAGGAUCGGGCAGUGAAGUUAAGUCUGUUUGGAAAGUACUUGGAGGCUUUACCUCGGGCACAAGUUGAAUGUCGUGGAAGUGGUACGAUUGACAUUUUGAAUGAUCUUCUUGAGGGUAUUCAAGAUGUUCUGCAGGUGGAUUUGAAGUAUUAUCAAGGGCUGUUUGCUGAAGGAGAAUGCUUCGUCCAAAUUGUAUCAGUGCUGAACUCCGAGCACUCUUUCGAGGCAGGAAGCAAGCUGACUCUAAAUGUCAUCAAGACAUUGACAAAGCUGCUGAGUGGCAAUGAUACUACGAAGGCUGUGUUCCGGAAUCUUGUGGGCGCCGGAUACCAUACGCUAUCGAAAGUAAUAAUUGAACGUCAUCAUGGAUGCCCAUCACGGGAACUGCUUGGAGCAUUGCUAGACAUGCUUGUGGAUGGAAGGUUUGACGUGCGAUCGAACAUGGUGAUUCAGAAUGAAGAUGUUGUGCCGCUAUUUUUUGGUGUGCUCCGGAAGUGUGAUGUGAAUCUGCAGUUAGAGGGCCUUGACACAUUUCAGGCUCUCCUGGACGAGUGCACAUCAAAUAGGGCAUGCUGUGUGCGUGCGGGGCUCGUGGGGAUCCUUCUUGAAUGGUUUCCUAGUAUUGAAGAUGAUAUAUUACUGGACAAGGUGGCAAUAUUGGUUCGAAUGAGUGGCGGGCACAGUGUCAGUGGGAAGGAUAUGCGUGUUGUUUUUGGACUUCUGAGGAGCACGAGGGAAGGGUGCCGACCAAGGCAUGCGACAGCACUCUUGCGCACUUUGCAGUCUAUGGUUGCUGGCGAGGGGCCAGCUGUCUUCUAUGAGUUCAGUGGCCGGGAAUCGGGCAUUUCUUUAUCAAGUCCGUUGAGGUGGCCUGUGUCCAAAGGAUACACUUUUUGUUGCUGGUUACGUGUUGAGCAUUUUUUGAGAAAGGACCAUGCAGGCAGUGUGUAUGAUGGUGCAAUGGGCCUGUUCAGCUUCACAAUUGAUCGAGGCAAGGGAUCUGAUCACAUGAAGGGCUGCACAGCACUCAUUUUUGAGAGUGGACUGUCUGUGCAGACUCAUGGGAGUAAGGCACAAACUGUGAGGAUGGAUUUCCAAUUUCGGCCAAAGCGGUGGUACUUUGUCGUAGUGGCACACAGUGUGAGCAGGCUGGUGGGAGGCAGCAACAUCAAAUUUUAUGUCGAUGGAAACCUUGUGACAUCCGAGAAGCUAAGGUACCCAAAAAUCAAUGACCCGGUCACAAGAUGCACAAUUGCUGCAAAAGCCCCUUUGCCUCUUUCAGAAGAUUGUGAAAAUAAUGAAGAUAUGGCGCCACACAAAAUGUCCUCCGCAUUCCGAGGCCAGCUGGGGCCGAUCUAUCUGUUUGAUGACGCCCUGUCAUCCAACCAGGUUGCUGGUGUUGCCAGACUGGGGCCAGGGUACAUGUACUCGUUCCUUCCCAAUGAGUCCGGUUGUGUGCCAGAAAAUGUCUCAGUGCAUGGCAUCAUGGAUGGGAAAGAUGGCUUGGCACCGAGGAUGGUGUUUGGGUUCAACGCUCAGGCGAGUUCAGGCAAAACUUGUUUCAAUAUCUCAGCACUGCUUGACCAAGGGUCUGAUCAGCUUCCCUGCGAUGCGACAAUCAUGGAAGGAACACAAGUUUGUUGCACUCGGCGAGUCCAGGACAUUAUACACUGUGUUGGAGGCAUCACUGUGUUGUUCCCUCUUUUUACCCAAUUGGACCAACCAGUUGUAGGUAGCACUGAGGCAUUUGCGGAGAACAAAUCAGGUUUUGAGGAAGGACAUAAGAAGCAAGGGGAUGCGAAAGGUGAGAGGAGGUCUUGUUUUCAUGAGGCAGUCAAAGGCAGUGAAGUUGCAACAGCAAGGUCACAAAUGGAGUAUAAAGUUGAUCAAUACCUGGCCGUGGAGGUGAUUGGACUCCUUGCCGCUGUACUCGCAGGAAACUUGGCAAACCAACAGUACAUGUUGAACAUGGCUGGAUUUGCUGUUGUUGGCUUUCUGCUACAGAGAGUGUCUCCUCAGCAUCUUACAGUCAACGUGGUUCAUGCUCUGGAGAGACUGAUCGGAAGCGUAGCAAAUUCUCCAGCACCCUCAGUUGCUGAUGCACUAGUCAAGGAGGCGCUGUCGAAGCUGUACCUCGACCCUAGAAUCUGGGUUUACACCCCUUUUGAGGUUCAGAAAGAGCUCUACCAGUCUCUGCUAAGGCAAGUUGAUCAUGAUCCAGGGAGGCUGCGGAUCACAUGCGGACUGCAGAGAGUUCUGGACAUUGUUCGACAAUUCUACUGGGACAAGCCCUGCAGCUCUCAAUCUUAUGCCACAAGGCCUCUCCUCCAUCCUGUGACUCACAUCCGAAUUGGCGAGAGGCCCAGCUCUCAGGAAGUUGCGAAGCUGAGAACUAUGGUGCUUGGACUUGCGGACAGAAUGUUCAGGGAGAAUGUGUCGCUGGUCGAAGUGAAAGCCCUGGUUGCAUUCAUCGAGAAGGGGAUUGAUAAUUCCCUUAUUGAAGAUGUUCUGCGAUGUGUGUUGUCAGUGCUUAAUUACAAGGGUCCUGCUUUAGCAGCAAUGGUGGAGCACGUGUUUGCACUAGGUGGUUGCCAGAUCUUUCUCAGCAUUCUGAAGAGGGAUCAGGAAUCCAUCAGGCUGUUGGGGCUCCGACUUAUUGGCACAAUUCUUACGGCAACACCUGUUGAAAAACGAGUUGGCCGAGUGAAUACAGGGAGUAGCGGGGCAUUGGCUGCCCUUGAGAGAAUAAGAGGAACAGAGAAGGCUAGCAUCUCGACCUUAUUUGCAGCAAUUGGAGAGAAUAUAUCUUUCUUCCCUUUCACAGAAGCUCUAAGGACAACACUAUUUGAACUGAUGCUUGGUGGAGCUAGUCAAAAGCAGUUUGAUAACAUACCGAUUAGAGGGCACCCACUCAUCAAGGACAGGCUGGAAGUGGAAUACCCAAACAACAAAGUGUUGAAAUGGGUAUUGCCAACUCCAGAAUUCCUGGCCCCACACUGCGACUCCAUCACAGCUGUUUUGGAAGUGAACACGGACACGAACCCCGAAUUCCCGAAAGAAUGGGAAUUCUGCAUAGGGGAGGAAGCAUCCUCGGUCACUGUCUUGACGGAUGCCCCCAUUUGCUUCAGAUGCAGGGAGAGAGGACACCUGGGCACCGACCCAGCGUGCCCGAGAUCCCCCGAACACUCCAAAGAGAAAAAACUGAGACAGAACAUGCUGGUGGAAGUUGAAGAGGCAAAGGGAAUCUGGUUCGUUAACGACCAGGACUACAAUGGAUGGGUCUUCAACGACACCAUCGACGACCCGAAAUGGAUCUGGACAUACAAUACGAACCCGUCAACCAAACAACCAGACAUUUUCCCUCCCUCUGACAGCAGGUGGCAUGCGGUAGGAGCAAAGAAAGUGACAGUCAAGCUCGAUGAGAGGGCAAAACUCAGCGAAAGCUUGACCUGGAGGGCAUGGGACACAAUCACAAUGAUGCCGUACAGCGUGUUGAACAAGAGGUUCAGCACGACCGACAUCAUUGCAGACUUGCUGGCAGACAUCAUCAGGACCCGCCUAUCGACCUCUAGGACCUCGCUGCAGGACGAGGCAACCCCCAUCGACGUGGACAUGCGAAGGGAAGACUCCGACAUGGAGGACGAGGAGGACGGUGAGAGGGAGGAGGACGACAAAAUCUCCCCAGGGGGAGACGACGUUGUGCAGCCAACGACGUCGGGGAGCAGCGCCGGCGAGUACGGAUUGAGCUCCUCAGCAGCAAGCGGAGACAACAGGGACUCCGACACCGACAGCAGCAAGACCCAGGCAAGUGAGUCAGUCUUAGGUAAGUCAGUCAGGGACACGUACAGGAAUGAGCACCUCCCUUAUACAGUAGAGCAGGAUGCGAAGGCCGCCGCCGUCCUGAAGGAGAGAAGAGAGGAGGAGGCCAAGAAGAAGGCCUUGAUAGACGAACAGGUGGCGAAGUUGAAGAAGAUCGAGGAGGAGAUGGCUAGAGAAAAAAAAAGGUUAAAGAAAGAAGAAGAAGAGAAGCCCAAGGCAGUAGAAGAGGAGGAAGAGAUAGAAGAACCGCCAUUGGAAAGGCGAAGGACAGGAGGAAGAGGAGAAUCCAGUGGAACAAAGGAAGAUCAGAUGGAGAAGAAGAUUACGGAGUGGGUUGUUGGUUUAUCCCUAGGAGAAGAAGAGGAGGCACUAAUGUAUGUGCCGAGGGAAGAACAAGAGGCGGCCAUGAGAGAGUGGGAUGCAGAAGAAGACCCACUCAAGCGGCAGGCUAUAGCAGAUGAGAAGAGGAUGGAGUGGAAGUCCCGACUGACGAGGGAGAAGAAAAGGAGAAUGGAGGCGGCGAGCCAAGCGGCGAAAGAAUUGGAGGAGGACCUACUGGGGAAGAUGGAGAUCAUGGCGAGAAACAUAGAGCGCCUGGCCCAGGUCCAGGAAGGACAAUAUUUGUUUGGUAGAGGUCAAGACAUUGCCUUGCGCUCUAUACGGUUGGGACUCAGGGACUUUGCAAGGGAAUUAGCGACUGUCAAAGCCUCCGAUAGAUUGCAAACCAUCCACUCUCGUCAGUGGAAGAGUGCUAGAGCACUCAAGGGUGUGAUGGACGAGCUAGUCGCCAUCCCGGACCAUGGGGUCACUGAGACCCAACUGGUCAACCUCUACUAUCGUGCAAUGCCCGAACAGCUGUGCGGGCAUUUCUUUGAGAAGAGUCAGCAGCCUACCAUGACCUGUGACGCUUUGAGCAGGGAAGUGGUAGCCUUUGAAGCGUGGUCCAUGUCAAUUUCCACUUUUUGGCAUAAGGACCUAGACAAGGGCAAAAAGUGGAAAGGUCGCACCAUCUUAGGACAGGUAAAGACCAAGGAUCGCUUGAUCCUUACUUUAGAUGAGGGUGGUGUAGACGAAGUCCCCUACGAGCAGAUUGAGUGGGGGCUUGACGAAGAGGACAGUAGCGUUAGUCAGGGGAGGACCUACGCUGCUGUCGCGGCUGGAGGGAGGCCGCAAGGAGGAGGUAGAGGCGAGGGCCAAGGGGGGCGGGCCUCAGGGGGCCGUUCCCAGAGCGAUCAGGGGGUUGGCGGUCGAGGAGGAAACCGCCAAGCUUUGGAUGCAUCACAUGUUUUGGAUGCAUCACAUGAACAGAUGCAUGGGACAUGGCAAGCAACUUCCCAGAGCUUGGAGACUUUGACUGGAUCAUGUCCACAGCUACUGGCUCGCUCACCGCGGAUAUUGGCUGGAGCACCAACAAUGCCCUCGUUAAAAACAACUCCACCAGACAUGGAGCUUCCUGCAGUCAUGGGCAUCAUUUGCAAGUUCCUGCGUGGGUGUGAGGACUAUCAGUUGCACAUUGAUAUCCUCAAAGACAUUGCGCACUUAGUUGUGGAAAAUUCCCACAAUCGAGAGUUGCUCAUUCAGGGUGAUCCAGUGUAUGUGAACAGUGAGAUGUUUGGGCGCUGAAGUCGCCAUAGCCAUUUGAGAGUGAAUUCGUAUCUGAAGCCAUAUCUCUGAGUUUUGAGUGGGCGCAUGUCGCCAGUGUGCUGUGUUACUGUUUACAUGUGUGAAAAGUGUGUUUGAAAACGAGUCUGAUUGCACAAUGAGCAUCAGUGUGUGUUGAGGCCACGAUAUUGCAAUAAAUCACAGUUUCACAG